UUCUAAAUUCCCCCUCGCAAGCGGUAUAUAUCCCCCGAUGACUUUGCGUUUUGCAAUCGUACGCACUGCGACGGGAAUCACAUCCGAGUCGAUUUUUCGCGCGCCGCAUAAGUCUGGAUGUUAUAUCACAAACCACGGGAUCACCGCGGGAGAUGGCGGUCAGUGUCGUGAGAUACCUCGCUCUCCUUAUGUUCUGCGCCCUGCUACAGUACCACUAUGCAACGGCUCAAAACAAAACUCUUAGGGACCUUUUUAACAGCACAUCCUGCGCCAAGCCGCCUUACACCUGUCCGCAUCCGCAGAUAGAAUUCUAUCUGUACACUAGAGAAACACAAAAAGACCCUUUGCUAUUAGAUAUCCGUGAUUUUAAUUCUCUUUGGAAUUCCAAGUUUGAUAAAACGCAUCCGACGAAGAUCAUCAUUCAUGGUUUUGGCGGUGGACGAAACUUAGCACCUAGUACAGAUUUACGAGAUGCGUAUUUCACGCGAGGCGAUUAUAAUAUUAUAAUCGUGGAUUACGGUUCGUUGGUACGCGAGCCCUGUCUCUCGCAGAUCUCCUGGGGUCCGGAUUUCUGCUCCCAAUGCAUCGCUCAACUGGUGAAAUACUUGAAAAAUCAUCCACGAGGCACGAGGGCAGAGAACAUACACGUGCUCGGAUACAGCGUGGGUGCGCAUAUCGGUGGACUCAUUGCAAAUUAUUUGCCCAAUGACAAACUCGGGAGAAUUACGGGCCUCGAUCCGACGAUAUUUUUCUAUAUGAAUGGCAAUCGCUCGAUGGAUUUAGACGAAACGGAUGCCCAUUUUGUAGAUGUGAUUCAUACAGGCGCUGGCAUUUUGGGGCAAUGGGGACCCAAUGGACACGCGGAUUUCUACGUAAACGGUGGCUCGAGUCAGCCCGGAUGCGCCACUUCUUCUAUACUCCAAACGCUCUCGUGCGAUCAUACAAAAGUGACACCGUAUUACAUAGAAUCGAUCACGACGAAAAAGGGAUUUUGGGCAGCUCCUUGCGCAAAUCUAUUCUCUUACCUAAUCGGAUGGUGCAAUCCCAAGAAAGACGAAUACAUCCUGAUGGGGGAGGAUUCGCCUCAUACAGCACGCGGCAUCUUUUAUCUGUCAACAAACGCACACAAACCGUACGCCCGAGGACUGCCCGUAAAAAACCAGCGUCGGACAAAUCGGAAGCAAUCGUCCUCCCGCCAGUAUUAAGCCUAUUGAAACAACUGAUCAACAUAAUUAUAGAAUAACGUGUGUAUAUGAGAGAAUCAAAUAGUUUUAAACUACUAUAUAUUAUCGCUAAAAGACUUUUGUUUUUUAUAUCGUUGCCGUUUACAACUUUGUACAUUUUAAUCUCGUUAUCUCGUCCAUUUUCUUAUUCUUCUGCUUCUUUUUCGAUAAAACAUUUUGUCAUAGGUUGACGAUCAUUGUGAAGAGUAGAAAUUUAAUAGAAAUUACAUAUAAUAUAUAUAUAUAUAUCCCUCGUAUCGUUUAUUAAUAUUUGAUCGACGACCAAUUAACUGGUGUAAGUCUCGCGUGCUUAACAUGUAACACUUUCACUCCCGCUCUUGUCGCAAAUUUUAUACAUAUUUAUUUAAAACCACAUGUUUACAAAACGUAGUUCUCCGAUUUAUUCAUCUUAUUUUUUUUAAUUACUCGAUUAUAUUCUAAUUUAAUUCAAUUUGUGUCAAUAAAAAGCGUAAAACGAGGUUGAGUUGCAUAAAUAUAAUGUAUGCAAAUCUUUACGCAACAAAUUUAU